AGAAGGAAUAAUAGCCCAAUGUGUGGUGAGUGAGAGCAGCAUGCUCAGGCAGUGAGGACCUCCUGCUUGGUGGACAUCAGGAAGAAAGGCACCCACACCUCUUCUGCUGCAGCCACCGGACCACAACAGGGCACCAUGAUGUGGCUGUUCAUAACCAUUGCUUACUUAAUGUGCCUCAGUGAAAAGUCAGAUGCGAGCCCUGAGGUGUCCAUGGAUGUUGGUGAAAUCAUCCACUACCAUGGGUACCCCUACGAGGAGCAUGAAGUGGUGACAGACGAUGGCUAUUACCUCACCAUGCAGAGGAUUCCUCAUGGCAAAGACAACCCAAGAAGCAUGAGCACCUCCCACGAAGCAGAGGCACAGGGCUGCAGCAUGUUCUGCCCCUCUCCAAAGUCUGUGGUCCUACUGCAGCAUGGCCUGGUGUUAGAGGGAAGCAUCUGGGUUACCAACUUGCCCAACAGCAGCCUGGGUUUCAUCCUCGCCGAUGCCGGCUAUGACGUCUGGAUUGGAAACAGCCGGGGGAACAGCUGGUCACGAAAACACAAAGAGUUUGAGUUUCACCAUCAGGAAUACUCAGCUUACAGCUUUCAUGAGAUGGCCAUGUAUGACCUUCCAGCAACAAUCAACUAUAUUCUGCAGAAAACUGGACAGGAGCAGUUAUACUAUGUGGCUUACUCUCAAGGCACCACCACAGGUUUCAUUGCGUUUUCGUCCAUUCCGGAGCUGGAUCGUAAAAUCAAGAUGUUUUUUGCCUUGGCUCCUGUCACCACAAACUCAAAUAUAAAGUCACCCUUGGUAAGGCUGUUUGACCUUCCCGAGGCGCUGGUUAAGCUCAUUUUAGGACAUACAGUGGUCUUUGAUAAGGGUAUCUUGCGGCAAGUGAUUUCCAGUCUGUGCAGCUACCCCAUCUUUAAAAGCUUUUGUUCCUUGGCCCUUUGCUUGCCUGGUGGGUUUACCAACAGCUUAAAUGUGAGCCGCAUAGAUGUCUACCUGUCCCGCUACCCUGAUUCAACAUCCCUAAAAAACUUGUUACAUUGGCGCCAGCUCUAUCAAACAGGGGAAUUCAAAUAUUAUGAUUACAGCAGUGACAACAUGCUUCAUUACAACCAGACCACACCUCCCUUCUAUGAGCUGGAAAAUAUGAAAGCCCCGCUUGCUGCAUGGUAUGGUGGCAAGGACUGGAUUUCAGUCCCCGAAGAUGUAAACAUCACACUUUCUCGUAUAACCAAUGUGGCAUACAAAAAGUACAUUCCCGAAUUCAUCCACUUUGAUUUCCUUUGGGGUAUGCAAGCGUACGAACAAGUGUACAAAGAAAUUCUUGAACUGAUGGAGAAGAGCGCCUAGAGUUGGACCAGUGGCAGUAAUUGUUGGUUUCUCGUUUGACUUCUGGGCCUUCUUUUAUUUGGAAAAAAAAAAAAAGUGAAGAAAAGAAGAGGGGGAAAAGGCUCAUUAAACUGCUACACUUCAUUGGGAUUGUUAUUACUCUGGCAAGUGAGGAAAACGAGCCAAUCCAAUGAUCAGGAAAGCAUGUAGGAUUUAAGUUAAAUAAGUUAAGGUCCUUGCAGAAGUUGGGCAUGGCCCUUGGACCCUGAGUCUCCCAGGUGCCUCACUCACGUGGGUUUCCACCAACAAGCAACUUCAGUGGAAUUUGGCUCCUGGUCGCCGUUGAGGGCUCUGGCCUCCUUAUGCUUGGGUUCCCAGCUGCAAACACCUGGAUAGCAGCUCAGCUCCAUCCUAGAUGCUGGUGUUUCACAAGAGUAGAUGUGCUUGGAUGGCACCACAUGGUGGGUCGAGCAAUGAAUCCUGCCGGUGUAGCUUUACCCACCCUCUGGUGACUCUUCCACGCCAAGAAUCCCAACAUCCUGACAUUCAUUGCUUUACUUUACAGACAGAAGGAGCCUAAUGUAAGGAACAUUUUUCUCAAAUUCAUGUUGAUUUGGAUAACACCAGCCUUGCUUGUACACAAAAGGGUUUUCAAUAAGUUCUACCAGGAAACACCAUUUUGCACUAUUUUAAGCAAUAUUCCCAACGCACAAACCCAGCUGGAAAGGUCACCUUUUGCCGACUCUCAGGAAAUGCUUUUUGUUUUCCUUAUGUGGGAGAGAGAAGAAGAGUCUGGUGGAAGCCAGUAAGGAGUCUAACUCUGUUUUCAGCUUCUGGAUUACACUCCUUAAAAAUAUAUUGAUUAGGGGAGGAAUGGUGAAUUUGCCUGUUUGUGUAGCUAUGUUCUUAAAAUAUGCCUAGGAGCAAGCAGGGCAAAGGAUAAGACUCUGUUUCCACAAAGAUGUAAUAAUAAUAAUAAU